GCCAGACUAGCCUGCAAAGAAACAUUAAAACUUUUGUUUUCUAAAGAAAUAUCAGUGCUUGAAAACUUUUGUUUGCUUGCUGAAUAAACAAUGGUGGCAUUUGAAGUUCUCACCACUUCACCAGAAAUCAUCAAACCAUCUUCACCAACACCCGAUCGCCUUAGAUCCUACAAACUCUGUGCUCUCGACCAGCUAGUGGACGGCACAGUAUAUUCUCCAGUAUGGUACUUUUACCCCUUCUCAAAAGACCAUAUGUCCAUGUCCGUGGAGGGCCACUUGGUCACCCUCAAAGAUUCGUUAUCAAAAUCCCUAACUCGCUUUUACCCUUUGGCGGGGAGGAUCGAUGGUGAUUCUACCACCAUUGAUUGUAACGAUGAAGGAGCUCUAUUUAGACAAGCCAAAGUAAGUUGUGAUAUGGAUGAUUUUCUUGGUCAGGUCUCUUCAGAAUUUGAGUUAUUAUACAAGUUGCUUCCAUGCCAACUUACUUGUCCGGAGGGCGUGGAAAAGGUGGCGCAAGUAGCAAUCCAAGCCAACGUAUUCGUAUGCGGUGGUAUUGCUUUAGGGAUGUGUCUCCUGUACAGAAUCGUGGAUGGAACCACUUUUGGUGCUUUCAUCAGAGCAUGGGCGGAGAUUGCUCGUACCAACAUUAAGGAUUUUGGUGGUCAAGAACAAGUGUGUGGUAGUUCUUCCAUGUUCCCACCAAAUGAACGUUUGUCGACUCGUCUAGCGGACUUGCAAGUAGUAGUGCCACCGAGAGCUGAUGAAGCCAAAAGAAACAGCAGGAUAAAAAGGUUUUUCUUUGAUGCAAGUGCCAUAUCCUCUCUCAGGUCCAAGGCAAGAAGUGAAAAUGUCCCUCACCCAACUCGUAUCGAAGCAAUCUGUGCACUUUUCUGGAAAUGCCUGGCCAGUAGUACUGCUUCCACAUCUGUGUUCAUCAAUUUUGUUAAUAUACGGAAAAGGUUAGAUCCUCCAUUACCCGCUCUCUCUCUGGGAAAUAUUUAUUGGCUGGCGAUCGCGGUAGAUGACCAAAUUACUAAGAGUGGUAAAAGUGAUGAGAAUAAGAAGGAACUACCUUACUUUGUCCAUCUUCUGAGGAACUCCAUCAAGAGAAUUGAUUCCAAGUAUUUGAAGAAUUUCCAAGGUGAACAAGGGCUUGAGCGAAUUUGUAAAUUCCAUGAAAAUGCGAAAGAAUUGUAUUCCAAGUCAGGACUCACUCUUGAGGUUUCAGCUUUAAAUAGAAUGGCGUUUUAUGAUGCAGAUUUUGGGUGGGGAGAGCCUUCAUGGAUGACUUCCGCACCAUCUUAUAGAAAUGAAAUACUUCUCAUUGAAACCAAAUCUGGUGAUGGCAUUGAAGCAUCGAUGAUGUUGGAUGACCAUCAAUUGGCAAUAUUAGAACAUGAUCCUGACUUCCGAGCACACACCAGGUCUGGCCAGUCCGUUCAUCAACCUCUUAAGAGGCAGUUAAUUUGUAAUUUGUGAAAUAAGAGGAGAUGCUCUUUAACUGUUGUAUCUCUCAUUUUGAAAGUUGUGUGUGUUUAUGUGCCUGGAUAUCAUAUCA